CGAGCAUCGGAAACAUGCCACCCACCGAACUGAGGAGACUAAUCCUGGUCGUGCUGAUCGCGACCUUUGGCCUGGCGAUCGGCGCCGGCGGAGUUCUGGGCGAGACUUCGUCCAGCUGCGGACCCAACUUCCCGGCGGCGUGCAGCUGCGGCAAGGAGAUGUACGAGAGCGAGAUGCAGUAUGUGGUGAACUGCACAAAUGCGGGACUGGUGAACACCAGUGUGCUGGAGUUCAUGCCCGACCAGGUGGAGGUGCUGAUCUUCACGGGCAACCGCAUAGCCGAGCUGCCGUGGAACGUCUUUGGCAGCAUCAACGACUACAAACAGCUGCGGAUUGUGGACAUGAGCAACAAUCACAUCCGCGAGAUUCGCGGCAAGAGCUAUCACCAUGUGCCGCGGGUGGAGCGCCUGAUCCUGAACCACAACAACUUGAGUAUCUCUCGCUACGAUGACGAGGUCAAUCACCAUCAUCCGCGGGUGUUCUCCAACUUUAUCAACCUGCAGAGUCUGCAUCUCACCGACGCCUUCGAGGACAACAGUUCGCCGCAGCUGAGCGAGGAUCUGCACGACAUCUUCGUGAACAGCCAGCUGGUGAAGCUGCAGAAACUGCAUCUGGAGCAGAACGAGAUCACGCACUUCAAGGAUCGCAAUGUCUUCUGCGAUCUGCCCUCGCUGCGUGACCUCCACCUGGGCGACAACCAGCUGCGUGACCUCAACUUCGAGGUGCGCUGCCUGAACAACCUGCGCUUCCUCGACCUGGAGCGCAACAAGUUCACCUUCGUGAAGCCCACCGAUCUGCGGACGCUCAACGAACUGGAGGAGCGUCCCAAUCGCACGGCCAACCUGAUUGUGGAUUUUAACCUGAAUCCCUUUGAGUGCGACUGCCGCAUCGCUCCCUUUCGCACGUGGAUACCCAGCACCCGGGUGACGGUGCGCAACAAGGACAGCCUGAUGUGCUUCCAUUCGCAGGGUCACGUCGAUCCCUCGCCCGCCCAUCUCCUCCAGAUGGACAUGGGUCAGUGUGCCGAUGCCAUUGCCGCAGCGGCCACCAUCCUGAACACCGCCGAGGAGGAGCAGCGCUACGGGGGCCCAGAGGCAUCCAUCCAGCAGCAGGCCCACAUCAGUGGACACACGGCCACUCUGAUCUUCCUGCUCAUCGUGCUCAGCAUGAUCCUGCUCGGCCUCCUGGUGGCACUCGUCUAUGUCAGCCGGGACAAGUUGAAGUACAUGAUUACGCCGGUUUUCGACAACGUGGCCAAGAAGGUGCAGUACACAUCGAUCAAGGACGAGGACUGCCCGGAGGUGCAUGUCUAGGAGGUUUAGUUCACCCACAGGAUCAACACAAAAAUAUUUGGAGGGGGAGGAAUUAAAAGCCCGGUUUCUAUCAUUCAAAUUGAUGCAAUUUUUCAAACCCCUGGAGUUCUAAAUAAUUUAAUUUCUAAAAUUUCAAAUUCGAAACCGGGCUUUCAUAUCCAUAGUUUCGUUUUUGCCAUUCGCGUUACGCAAAACGUGUGCCAUUCACAGCGGAAGGAAAUGAUGAGUAUAAGGAUGUGGAAACAAUUGGUUCAUUUUAAAGGACUCCUGCCUCUUGUUUCGUAGCACUUAAGCCAAUUGUUGCAUUUAACAGCGGAUGGAAUGUGGCCACAAAAUUUGCUGCAACACAGACAACACACAAUUUCGUUAGUUUUAGCGGUUUUCUAACUUAACCUUAAGUCAGUUAUGCUUUCUAUGAUUUCCACACGAACGGAAUGGAAUCGUACGAGAGAGGAGAAGGCAAAGCGGGCCUGUAACAACCGAUUUGACCACACACAUAUAUAGUGACAUACAUAUAUAUAUAUAUAGAAACAGACACAUAUAUAUACAUGCAUAUAUCGUAACAAACACUUUAGUGUUAUCUGUGAUUUAAGUUUAGUAGCUUUACUUUGUUAAAACUCUGCAGAACGAACAUUUGAAAUCGAAAUUGGUCAAAAAAACACACUUUAAUUCUUUUUAUAGCUUAACAGAUAAUUCUACACUUGAUGAAAUGUAAAAUGUUUCGAAGCUUAAUAUGUUAUUAAUCAAUUAAUUUGUCAAUUAUACUAGCUGUACGAUGAUUUCAUCCUUGAUUAACUACCAUUAACAAGCAUUUUUUAUAAAUAAACUUUUGAAAAAUGAAA